ACUGGUGGCUAAGGCACGGUAUUCUUUGGCGAGGUUCAAAGGGGAACAGAUUGUAAUCCUAUCACAGGUAUUGGCAAAUGAAGUGAACAUUGGAUACGAGGAUAUGGGUAACCAGCAGGUAUUGAAGUUCAAUGGAACUCGAAUAAAGAACAUCCAUCACCUGGCACACCUUGUUGCUUGUUGUCAAGACAUAUAUAUGGUUUUUGAAUUUGAAGACAAUUACCUAGCUGUCUUGGAGAGGGAAGUAGCUGUGGCCGCCUCACCUCGCAUUCUAAAAGAUUAUGGCAUUUCAUCCGAAAGAUCUGAUGAUCUUUUAGAACCAUACGUUGAAUCACUUGAAGACAACCAAGCGAACAAGCAUGACUUUGGAGAUAGGCUUUGA